AUGUACACAGAAUUCCUGAUGAUUCAGAUGGAACACAUGACAGACGAGUAUGGCAGAGAAAAAAGUGUUCAGUGCAUUAAGACACUUACAAAACUGGCUUUUAAACAGCUGGAAAAAGGCAGCUUGACCUUCUGUGAGGAAGACCUAAGAGACGGCAGCAAGGAGUCCAAUGAAGUCUUUGAGUAUUCCCAAGUGUUCUCACAGAUCUUUAAAGAGGAGCAUCAGAUGAAGAAGAACAGGAACAAGAUGUUCAGCUUUGUCCAUCAGAGCAUAAUGGAGUUUCUGGCAGCUCUGUAUGUGGUCCUGUCAACCAUCAAUACCAACAGAAACAGCUCUUCCCAAAGUCCAACAAUGGUUUGGGGCCAAACACCUCUACCAGAGAUCCACAAGAUCACUAUUGACAAGGCCGUAAAGAGUCUAGAUGGACACCUGGACUUGUUCCUGCGCUUCCUCCUGGGCCUUUCACUGCAGAACAAUCAGACUCUCCUGCAAGGUCUGCUGACACAGACAGGAAGUAGCUCAGUGACCAAUCAGCUAAUAGUAAACUAUGUGAAGAAGAAGAUUGGUGAGAAUCCAUCUCCAGACAGAAGCAUCAAUCUGUUCCACUGUCUGAAUGAACUAAAUGAUCGUUCUCUAGUCGAGGAGAUCCAACUUUCCCUGAGAUCAGGAAGUCUCUCCAGAGAUAAACUGUCUCCUGCUCAGUGGUCAGCUUUGGUCUUCAUCUUACUGUCAUCAGAAAAACAUCUGGAUGUAUUUGACCUGAAGAAAUACUCUGCUUCAGAGGAGGCUCUUCUGAGGCUGCUGCCAGUGGUUGAAGCUUCAAAUAAAGCUCUGUUGAGUGGCUGUAACAUCUCAGAGAGAAGCUGUGCAGCUCUGUCCUCAGUUCUCAGCUCCCAGUCCUCUAGUCUGAGAGAACUGGAUCUGAGUUACAACAACCUGAUGAUUUCAGGAGUAGAACCACUGUCUGCUGGACUGAAGAGUCCAAACUGUACACUGGAAACUCUCAGGUUGAGCAGCUGUAACAUCUCAGAGAGAAGCUGUGAUGUUCUGUCCUCAGUUCUCAGCUCCCAGUCCUCUAGUCUGAGAGAGCUGGACCUGAGAAACAACAACCUGACGAUUUCAGGAGUAGAGCUACUGACUGCUGGACUGAAGAGUCCAAACUGUACACUGGAAACUCUCAGCUGUUCAAGGUUGAGCGGCUGUAACUUCUCAGAGAGAAGCUGUGAAGUUCUGUCCUCAGUUCUCAGCUCCCGGUCCUCUAGUCUGAGAGAGCUGGACCUGAGAAACAACAACCUGACGAUUUCAGGAAAGAAGCUUCUGUUUGCUGCACUGAAGAGUCCAAACUGUACACUGGAAACUCUCAGGAUUUAUAACACAACUUAUGAGGAAAUCAUCUUCAAAAGUUCUCUGAUCUCUCCAGGAUCUCCUGAUGUCUUCCAGCUGAAACUAAAGGAAGAGAAGUUUGGAAAUCUGACAAGAAAAACUGUUGGUGAGAAAAACCUGAACAAGAAAAACAAAACCAUCUUACUUGUAGGUGAAACAGGAACAGGAAAAUGUACUCUGAUCAACGCUCUGCUCAACUACACCAUGGGAGUGAAGUUUGAGGACAACAUCUGGUUUGAGAUCAUUGAAGAUGAGAAGAGAAGUCAGUCAGAGACUCAGACAUCAGAUGUGAUUGUGUACGAGAUUUUUGGUUUUGAAGAUAAAACUCUGCCCUUCUCUCUGACCAUCAUCAAUACUCCUGGAUACGGAGACACCAGAGGGAUUGAACAUGAUGUCAUCAUCAGUCAAAGAUUAUUUGACUUGCUCCGUUCAGUUGAUGGAGUUAAUGAAAUUGAUACAGUGGGUCUGGUGAUGAAGGCGACUGAGAAUCGAGUGAGUGACCGACUGAAGUACAUCUUUGAUUCAGUGACAUCUCUGUUUGAGAAAGACAUUGAGAAGAACAUUGUCGCUCUCAUCACAAAUUCUAAUGGAUCAACACCUGCUAAUGCUCUGAGAGCUCUUAAAGCUGCAAACAUUAAAUGUGCCAAAAAUGAGGAGAAUCAGCCCCUUCACUUCUUGUUUGAUAACUGCCAGAAUGAACAGAGAACAAAGAAAACAAGGCUUCCUUUAGAGAACGCAUGGAGGGUAACAGAGAGAGGAAUGGAAGAAUUCACAAACUUCCUGGAAAAAUCUAAAACUCAACAGAAGGUCCAGAAACUGGAAGGGAUGAAAAGUCGAGAGGAUGACAGAACCAGAGCAGAGCUCCGGACUUAUAACAUAUCAGCAAAGUAUAAGGAAAUCAUCUCCAAAAGUUCCCUGAGGUCUUCAGGAUCUCCUGAUAUCUACCAGCUGAUAACAAAGGAAGAGAAGUUUGGAAAUCUGACAAGAAAAACUGUUGGUGAGAAAAACCUGAACAAGAAAAACAAAACUAUCUUACUUGUGGGUGAAACAGGAGCAGGAAAAUCUACUCUGAUCAACGCUCUGCUCAACUACACCAUGGGAGUGAAGUUUGAGGACAACAUCUGGUUUGAGAUCGUAGAGAGAAAGUGGCAGUUAAUGAGUCCGACAUCAGAUAUGAUUGUGUACCAGAUCUUUGGUUUUGAAGAUAAAACUCUGCCCUUCUCUCUGACCAUCAUCGAUACUCCUGGAUACGGAGACACCAGAGGGAUUGAAUAUGAUGUCAUCAUCAGACAAAGAUUAUUUGACUUGUUCCGUUCAGUUGAUGGAGUUAAUGAAAUUGAUGCAGUGGGUCUGGUGAUGAAGGCGAGCACGAAUCGAGUGAGUGACCGACUGAAGUACAUCUGUGAUUCAGUGACAUCAUUGUUUGGAAAAGACAUUGAGAGAAAUAUUGUCGCUCUCAUCACAAACUCUAAUGGACGAACACCUGAAAAGGUCCUGAAAGCUCUUGAGGCUGCAAACAUUAAAUGUGUCAAAAAUGAGGAGAAUCAGCCCGUUCACUUCCUGUUGGAUAACUGCCAGACCAAACAGAGAACAAAGAAAACAGAGCUUGCUUUUGAGAAUUCAUGGAGGGUAACAGAGACAGGAAUGGAAGAAUUCAAAGAGUUCCUGGAAAAAUCUAAACAUCAAAAGCUGAUAAUAACUGUUGAAGUGUUGAACACACACUUCAGAGUAACAGCCUGCAUCAACAACCUGCAAGACAGAAUCCAGCUGAUUGAACUAAAACAGAACGAGAUCCAACAGACUCAAGAAGCUCUGAAGAAACAUGAACAAGAGAUGAAGAAGAAGAAAGAGUUCACUGUUGAAGUUGAUGAGGUCAACAAAGAGAGAGAAAAGAUUGAUGCCCAGUUGGACUUCAAAGCUCUCACCUGUUACAUCUGUGAAGAGACCUGUCAGUUUCCUGGAUGCACAAUGGACUGGAGUCCCAGAGACUGUGAGGUCAUGAAAGAUGGUCACUGUACAGUUUGUACAGGGAAGUGUCCUGCAUCAAAGCAUGAGAAAAAAAUGUGGAGAUAUGUGAACAAGACCAGGAAAGUUAAGAGGACCUUUGAAGAUAUGAAACACAAGUAUGAAAAAAUUAAAGCUGAAUGUGAGAAGAGAAUGAGCCUUCCGGAAAAUCUUCAAGCAGACAUGGAUGAACUGAAAGCAGAGAAGACAAAGUUGCUGGAUGAGGCCUACCAUCAUGUUCUCACACUGGAGCAGAUCGCCCUGAAUGUUAACUCAGUGUUCACUCAUGUCCACUUGGAUGUCCUGAUUGAGAAGAUGAAGGAGAGAGGAGACACAGAGAAGAUCAAGAAGCUGGAGGAGAUGAAACAACAAGAGGAUGAAGGAACCAGAGCAGCGCUCCUGUACAUCUUUGGUAAAUGA